AUGAAGGAGGCGUAUUUGAGGACCCGGCGCGGAGGGAGUCUGGCCCUUGUCGCGGAGCGUCGGUGGGCAGAGCUGCUGCAUCCCUCGGCGCAGGUAAGAGGAUGGAGAGCCGAGGCGCCUUGGGGGGCGGGUUGUUUUAGGGGGUUCUCCUUUCAUUGGUUGCAUUUGGAGACCCCCCACCCGAAAAAGGCGACAAACGCAACCCCUUUACAUUUUGUUUAUGGGCACCAAAAUAUUCAUUUCUUGGCCGCGCAGGCCUGUUAUUUUGUGACUUUCCGUUUUAUUUCUCUCCCCCCUCACCGACUUCUCUCUCAGAGACAAAAGCUGAAGUUAAGGGUUCGGGAGAUGCGUUUUUAUUUUUUAUUAGUUGUUUUUAUUAGUUGUUGUUAUUAGUUGUGAGUUAUAGGAGAAGGCAUUUCUUUCUCCUGGUACCUGUUUUCGAUUUUCGCUGUUUUGGUUCGCCUAGUGCUGCUGUUGUAAAUAAAAAAUUGCCCUUUUCCCUUAUGGCGUAUCCAAGAGCCCAUAUAGAGUCCUUACAUAGGUUCCCUAUUGGUAGGAGAAAAUAACAGAGGCCGACCAGAGAAUAUUGAGAAGCAAAGCAGCUAGUAAGCCUGAUCUUUAUUGAUCUGUUGCAACAGGGUGCUCCCCUCACACGCAGGAAAGGAGGAGGACCCAGAAAAAUGGCAUGCAAGGCCUUAUAAAGACUUUUGAAAUUCCCAGCCUGUAGAUAAACACCACCCCCAGAAACAUCUACAUACAUCACAGAAGGGGUGUAACCUAAGACCACCCCUCAGAUACAUCCCACCAACAUCACAGAAAUUUUAAUAUUGUUUUCUCCUGUUGUUGUUUAUCUCCUGUCUAGCAGGUUACUUGAUUGGAUUUCCUGGAUAGCAGGGCCAGUCUUUUGUAAUGAUAAAUACUUAGUUCCUGGCCAGGUCACAGGCUCACACCCUAAGGUUUUAUCAUUUUGCAUGCAUAAGUCUUGCUUCACAGAGCUAGGAUGUAUCUGCUUUCAGUCAUAGUCUUGCGUUGUACAGGAACCAGUGGGUGGCAUGCUCUGGCCUCUGUCACUAGCAGGGGUACACAGGGCGACUAGGAAGACCAAGAGGAAGACCAGCCUGGCCCCCUCAGUCUGCCAGUAAAGGAAUAACUGCUCCAGUGCUUGCUUUUCAUGCCUCCCCAUUACUUUUCCCUAUUGAGUUGUGCUGUUGGAAAGCAAACUUGCAGGCAGAGCUGUCUUAUCUCUUUUAUUUAACUUGUAAUAACAAAAAGGUAAAGGGCCCCUGGACAGUUAAGUCCAGUCAAAGGUGACUAUGGGGUUGUGGCACUCAUCUUGCUUCAGGCUGAGGGAACCGUCAUUUGUCCACAGACAGCUUUUCUGGGUCAUAUGGCCAGCAUAACAAAACUGCUUCUGGUGCAAUGGAACACCGUGACAGAAACCAGAGCUCACAGAAAUGCCGUUUACCUUCUUGCCACAGCAGUACCUAUUUAUUUACUUGCACUGGCAUGCUUUUGAACUGCUAUGUUGGCAGAAGCUGGGACAGAGCAAUGGGAGCUCACCCCAUUGCAGGGACAGAGCAAUGGGAGCUCACCCCAUUGCAGGUAUUCAAACCGCCGACCUUCCAAUCGGCAAGCCCAAGAGGCUCAGUGGUUUAGACCACAGCACCACCUGCUCCCUUUAACUUGUAAUAUGGGUAGAAGAAUAGAUUACUGAUACUGUUAGGAGGUUGAAAUGUGCAUAAUUAUAGCAGAUAGAUUGGGUAAGUUAUUUGAUACAUUGCAAUUCACUUUGAGCUUACUUUUUAUGUUAAAAAAAAGUGUGCAAUAAAUAAAUAAUAGACCUCAAUCAUUUCAGAUUUUAGUAACUUGCCAGUCUGGUCUGUAUAUCUGAUACCUGGCUGGACAAAGAGGGGGGUAUAAACUUCCUCCAAAUACAUUCACCUGAAUAUCAAGUGCAUAACAAAGUAAGGCUUGAGGUACAGAAAGGCAGAGUAGCCAUGAUAAGGAUUUCACUCCCCUGGUCAGGUACCUUAGCCUGCAGUCACUCAGUUUGAUUGCCGAGGUGGGAUUGGGAUUCUGUUGUUGUGGCACUCUUAAUGUUAGUUGAUUUUCACACAUAUUGGGGAUGGCUAGCCUCUGGCUCUCAAAUGUUGCUGGACUACAACUCCUGUCAUCUUUGACCAUUGGCCACUCUGGAGGGUCAGGAUUGUUCCAUCUGGCAAGCCUAAAUUCUUGCUCUAACUGAAUAAUUAGAAGAGCACAGCAUUUAAUUCUUCUUUAUUAAGAGUUACUUUACUGCAUCUGGUUAAGCAAACUUACACAUAUACAUUUGAAAGCAUGUAUGUGAAUGCUUGAGGGAUGUGGGUGGCGCUGUGGGUUAAACCACAGAGCCUAGGACUUGCCAAUCAGAAGGUCGGUGGUUCGAAUCCGCAUGACGGGGUGAGCUCCCGUUGCUCGGUCCCUGCUCCUGCUAACCUAACAGUUUGAAAGCAUGUCAAAGUGCAAGUAGAUAAAUAGGUAUUGCUCCAGCGGGAAGGUAAACGGCAUUUCCAUGCGCUGCUCUGGUUUGCCAGAAGCGGCUUAGUCAUGCCGGGCACAUGACCCGGAAGCAUGUAAUUUGAUCUUAUACCUCCAAUAUUGAAUGCUUGUAAAAACGUUGUUCAAUCUGACGCAUUAGCAAUGCCACAUAGGUAAGAAUUGGUUUGGACUGAAAUCGGUAUGUAAACAUUGGCACCUGUCCUUUGUUCAUAUCAGGAAGGGAAAGAUGAUACAGUGGUACCUUGUGUUACGUACUUAAUCCGUUCCAGAGGUCUGUUUGUAACCCGAAACCGCUCGUAGCAUGAGGCACACUUUCCCUAAUGGCACCUCCUGCUGCUGCCACGCCGCCAGAGUGCGACUUCCGCUUGCGUCCUGGGGCAAGGGUCGCACAAGGGAGAUCUACUUCUGGGUUAGUGGAGCGCGUAACCAGCAGCAUUCGUAAGGGGGACGGUACGUAACAUGAGGUACCACUGUAAUUGUUUUUGUAGUUAAUCCUUGGAUGCUCUCUCGAGGUAAAUCCUAGUAGUUUCAAGCAGGGCUUUCAAUUUACUUUUUAUUAUGUAACAGAUAACUAGCAUGAUCGAUCAAUUUAUGGCCAAGGCAUCCUAAUUAAGCAGCAGCACAUUUCCUUCUUGUCAGGCGGUAGAGGAGAUUCUGUCAAUGUAUACAGCACAAGCAGGUAUGAGUUAAUCUCUUCUCCUACCGGACAAGGACAAAGGGCAAGCAGCGACAUCUGUUUAACUCUGUUGUCUAGUAUGGAAAUGGAUAGAUCUUGUCCCCUACUAUUUUUAUGCAAGUCAACAGCUGCACACUGUGUUGCUGGCCGAUGUCAUUUUGGUUAUGGUGUCUUUACCAUGAUGUCUAUUUACUGUUCCUAGAAUCCUGCAGAGAAGCUACAGGUGUGAUGUUCCAGAACUGAACGAUGGCAACUAACGACAGUGUUGGCAUACUGAAUUCUGCCUACCUGGCUGUAGAAUAUAUAGACUCUUUCUUGCCUGAGAAUCCGCUACAACAGCCAUUUAAAAAUGCUUGGACAUAUAUGCUGAAUAACUACACCAAAUACCAGAUUGCAACCUGGGGAUCACUUCUCAUGCAUGAACUUUCCUACUUUUUAAUAUGUUUGCCUGGAUUUAUCUUUCAGUUUAUACCUUACAUGCAAAAGUAUAAAAUACAACAGGUAAGAUGGAGUGUUGUCUAGUAUGAAAAAUUCCAGCUCUGGUGUCAUACAUGGCUCCAACAAGUGGCAUAACUUUGGAGCUCCCCAGAUCAUGAGUUCACUUCCCAUAUUCUGCCAGCUUGCGACUGGUGACAUUUUUGUUGAGCAUCCUCUUUCAGAGGAUAGAAAAAACCCGAUCUUAUGCUUUACUCUGCUUUUAUAACAAACAUGGAACAAUUUACACUUAUUUAUGUGCUUGUAUAAUUAUUAUGCAUAUUUUGGUUAAUUUCUUAUAUAAAUAUUUAGUUUAGCUAUCUGUGAGUACGUAUUGCUGACUUCCAAUCUGAAUUCUGGGUGGUACUGUUGAAAAGCACGAGGCAAAGGGCCUUUGACAGUCUGGCCUCUAACUUGCAGGCUUUCAAGUAAAUAGGGUUUUUUGUGUAUGUUUUGAUAUGUUAUUGUAGAAAGUGGAACAUCUGAACAAGUUUGCCUGGAGUAGGAUGAUAAUUGACAGGGAAUCAACAUUGAAAUGUAUAUCUGAUAUUAAUGGAAACAUUGAUCAUCGCAGGCAGCAGUGUUGCUGCAUUUUGGGGCAAUAUCAGUUGAAACAGUGUCAAAUAAGACAAAGCUGAUAUUCUGUUACCUUUAAUUUAGGUAUUCUUCUAUUAUAGUAUGAAGUACUAUUAAUUUAGUACUUAUUCCCAUGUAUCACAUCUUCAGUAAUAUCACUGGAAUAUUCUACUUCUAUUUAUAAAAUACUUUUAUUUCUUGUUUACAGGAUAAGCCAGAAACCUGGGAAAGACAAUGGAAGUGUUUCAAGGCACUUAUGUUCAAUCACUUUUUAUUCAGUUUCCUCUGA